CACACACACACACACACACACACACACACACACACACACACACACACACACACACACACACACACACACACACACACACGUAUUUGUUUCCUUCGAGACAGUAUCUUUCAUAAAUGGAACAUGAUCUUAUUUCCGCGCUCUCUGAGAAAUAGUUUGUUGUGAGUGACACACUGAAGUGAUAAAACUGAUACAGGAACAGUUUUCUAGAAGGAGAGGGCAAACUGUGGAGUGUCCAUAAGUAUAUAAUGGUGUUAGUGGUUACAGAGAACGCUAUUCCUGUGCUCUUCCUUCACGAACCACCACCACCACCACCACCACCACUAUCACCAGUACCACUAUUGCGGCAGCGACAAAAGUAGCACCAAAUAAGCACCACAUACCAGUACUGACACGCGGCACAGCAGAACAUCAGCACAAUGACUGGCUUCGCGCUGGUGUCUUUCCUGGGAACCUUGACCGUGGUAGCGGCGACGGACGUCAAGCCAGCAACACAGGUGGAGUGCGAGAGCCCCUUCACGGAGGUGGGAGGCCGCUGUGUGCAUGUUGCACUCACCACCAGCGGCUCGUGGCACGAUAUGCGAAAGUACUGUCAGGAGCUGGGGGGUGAACUGGUCAAUCUUGCAGAUGUGCAGUUCUACAGUGACCUCAUUCUGUAUAUUGAAAUCUUACAUUUGGGAAAAAUGCAUUUUUGGAUCGGUUCCUCGGACGAAGCAAUUGAGGACACGUGGGUGUGGACGGAUGGGUCUGCCACCAGGAUGGGCACACCGUUCUGGGCCAACUAUGGACCAAACAAUUACCAAACGCCAAAUGGAGGAACAGUUCAAAAUUGCGCCAUCCUUGAUACAAAUAUGCAUUACUAUUUUAAUGACGCUGCGUGUGAAAAGACGUAUAUUUACCCUAUAUGCGAAAAGUAAGAAAUCAAUGUAAUAUUUAUUGUCUUACAGUGACGCACAGGUACCGUAAAUUAUUUCCUCCUAAUUUCAGUAAAAUAGUCGUUUACACAUUUGACUGAUUCAUUGAUUAUAUUUUCAUUAUUUAUUUAUUAUAUAUUGUUUGUUAUUUAUACAUCUUUAUUAUUUACAUUUCAAAGAUUAUCUGUAGGUAGCAAAUAAACAGAACAUAACAGCUUUCCAUUCUCUCACCAGCCAGAGUACAACAAUGAGAUGUAAGAAACUCGUCAAGCUUGUUAAUUAUACUGAAAUCUUGAAUUAAUUUUGGAAAUAUUCUUUACUUCAUAAUAAACAUUUUCUCUGA